AUGCGUUCCGCCCCGCCGCUAGAAACCGCUGCUAUUGAAGAUGCAGCAAGAGAUGUGGUUACUUCUGUGCCGCCGGCUGCUGAGCGGCCAGACCCUUUGCCAGAAGAUGAUGGAAUGGGUGCUUUAAGAAAGCGGAUACUGGAAAUACAAGCAAAGCAGCUUCCUGCCCCUGAACAAGCUCGAUUGAUUCACCAGUUAUUGAUGGAAAGCUACAAGAGAUCGCGAGGCACAACCAGUGCAGAACGUCCCGUUUCGCCCACUAGUGCAAAUGGAUGGGAGCAAAAGCAGUCCCACGGAGUGCUCGACACGUUUAUCUGGCAACAUCUUCUUGGCGAAGAAGCGGAAAUAGAGAGUUUCCAUCUCACCGAAGACGAUGUUAAGCCAACUUUUGCUCCAUUGAAGCCUGGCGAGGAUGACUCAGAAUAUCGUGCUCUUGGAUGUGAGCACUAUAAGAGAAACGUCAAGUCGGAGUGCUCCUCGUGUGGCCAUUGGUAUACCUGCAGAUUCUGCCAUGAUAAUACCGAGGAUCACCCAAUGACCGCCAAGGAUACAAGGCAUAUGCUCUGCAUGUAUUGCGGUGCAGCGCAGAAGGUUGGAGAAGCAUGCGUGAGCUGUGGGGAGAUGGCUGCAAUGUAUUAUUGCUCCAUAUGCAAGCUUUGGAACAACGAUUCCGAAAAAAGCAUCUAUCAUUGCCCGGAUUGUGGUAUAUGCAGAGUAGGGAGAGGACUUGGAAAGGAUUUCUUCCAUUGCAAGAAAUGCAACGCAUGCCUCAACAUCAAUUUCGAGAACGCGCAUCGAUGCAUUGAGCGACUUCUAGACUGUGACUGCCCCAUUUGUGGUGAGUAUAUGUUUAACACAACGAGAGGAAUUUGCCAUAUGAAGUGCGGGCACACUCUUCAUAAAGAUUGUUGGGAUGAGCACAUCAAGCACGCCUAUAAAUGUCCAAUAUGCAACAAGAGCAUCGUCAAUAUGGAAACACAAUUCCGGAGGCUGGAUAUGGCCAUCGAGACGCAACCAAUGCCGGAGAAGUUUCAGGAUACUCGUGCUGUUGUAUCUUGCAAUGACUGCUGCGCAAAGACAACCGUCAAAUACCACUGGCUGGGACUAAAGUGUGCCGUUUGUCAAUCAUAUAAUACCUCUCAGUUACAAAUUCUGGGCACAGAUGCAGACAUUUUAGAUCAAGCCGUUAUUCCUGCGACCGAGCCUCUGGUGAACGAAUCACUAGCCGGUAGCAACGCGGAUCUUUUGCAAACCCCCGCACAGUCAGUUGCUCGAGAGAUACCAAGAAGGCGGCGCCACUCCUCGAAUUUGAUACAUCUCAACACAGAAAAUCCUGACAUUGGCGCACUUCAAAUUGGGUCUUAUGUGGUAGAAGAAAGAUUCGCCAGAUCAGUCUCGGUCACCGGUGCGUUGCGUCCAGCAAAUGUGGAUGAUUCGGACGAAGAAAAAGAAGACAUGAUUGGGUUAUGGAGCAGGGUUCCACAGAGUAUCAUGUCUGACGAUGACCAAAAUGAAGACUAUGAUUCUGAAGAUGAAUCCGCUUCCUCAGUUGGAGACGAAAUGGAUGAAGAUGACGCCGACGAUGAAGAGGAAGAUGAGAUCAACCUUUUUGGUCAUCGAUAG